AUGGAACUUCCAGAUGGUAUUACUGGAGUAAAACCAGAUCCCGCGACCUGUCUCAAUGCAAAAUUUACUUUUACUCAACCCAUUCAUGUAGUAGAUGGAUUGCUGUAUCUUUGCUCCACGUUUAGUUGGCACUUUGUGAAUUUAAAUGAAGCCUUUGACAAAGCGAUUCAUCAACCCUAUGAAACCUCAAAAACAGCUUUGAAUGUGUUCAAACCCUGGAUGACUAACUUUAAAUUAUGGAAUAUGGAUCUUGGACUCGACUUGGGUGAUAAGUUUGUCGACCUGCCUGUAUCUCCCCAUUAUUGGAAACCCACGACUCUGAGAGUGACUUUGUUAAGAGGGGUACAAAUUGUGGAUGGUGUAUCUCACGGAAAAUACGCUGGGAAACUGCAGAUUGAUAUGAGUUUGUUAACGCAAAACAACAGUUACACUCUGGCUUUAGAAUGGUAUCAAAAAGAUGCUUGGCUAUUUAAUCGUUCUAACUUAAAUGUAGAUGGUUCAGGUUUAAAAGUCGACUACUUGUCCAUUCAAAAACAUACUCAUGAGCAGAACAAAACACAUUUGCUCUAUUAUCACAAUCUUACUAUUCAAUUCACUAAAACUUCAAGUAGUAAUGCUACAUUAAACAUCGAGUUUGACAUAGGGUUUCCACUGCCAGCGAAAUACCCUUUUAGCUUGAAAGACAACACUUUUUUAGUGCUGUAUGGUGUGGAUGGACAUGUAGAACAGGUACCAGAUGUGUAUGACGAUCACCCCGUCAUUCCCUCUUCACAUGCUACCACUGAAACCAUUACUACCAGUGAGGGUCCAAAAAAAGCUUCCACACUUCCUAAAUCUCAUGGAACGGACAAUUUAUGCCCUCUGUUUUUGUCUUGCAAUUUAACCAAAAGCAUUGAUGGAAACAAAACCAUCAUGAAGUCU